ACCGGUCGCCUGGAACCGGCUUUAAAGUACAGUCCGGUGAGUCCGGUAUUUUAAAAAGGGUCUCCUUCAUGGCUCGUAGCUCUCAGACAGCUUGCAGGAAGCAGACGCAGAGAGAAGACGAGAUAGAAUCGAUUCGAAGCUCGAAGCCUAGAACCACAAUAAAUUCUCCUGGAGAAUGAGAAACUUUUUUUUCAAAUUCAAUCUCGUCUUCGUAUUAAAAGAACUUCUGCCAAUUGCCAAUCCCCGUGCUUCUUCUACUGCAACUCUGCAACUUCAAAUCAAAUCAAGCAAAUGCAAAUUGCAAGAAACGAUGCUCGCAUUUGAAUUUUCGUAAGCCUCGAAGAUCAAUUAGACUGUAAAAGUGGUUCUGGUCAUCAUCUGAAACCCUGAAAAAUUUUCUACAAUGCUGAGGGUCAGAGGAAGCUCAUCUUUCAUAUAGAAGCAUUACCAUCAACCGUAGAUGCAGUCUUUCAGAAAACCUAUGUGUUAACUAAGUUUCUCGUGUGUAGUUGUUGAACAAGUUGAAAAGAAAUUGAAGAGCUUUCUGAGGGAAACUUCUUAUUAUUUUUCUCUUCUUCAAUAGCUUGUGCUUUCGUUGUACAGUUAGAAAAGGUGAAUUAGAUAAAGUAUGAGAGAAACAGAAAAGAAGAAAGCUUUACCAAACAAAAAUCAUGUAAAACGUGCUGGGAGAGGGGAUAAGGGAGAACAUAAACUGCCUCAAGAGACUAACCGCAAAAAGUUUAAUGCAAAAGAAGUUGAAUCUAAAAUUUUGGACUCUAAGCCAAGGUCCACCAUCUUAGUAAGUGAUUCAAACUCAAGCACAGAGUCUACUGAGGUAUAUGAAAACAUGGCUAUACGUUAUGGGGAUGAUGUCUACAGGUCUGAGGUUGCUGCAGUAGAUUCAGAAGCCCCUGAUAUGGCUACCAAAGUGACCAAGGAUGAUUUAGAAGAACAUUUAAGUGAUAUGGAAAAGAAACCUAAGGAAGUCAAUGAAGAAUCUGAUUGUGAAACGGUGAAAGAUUCUGUAUCAUCUCAAGGGGAUGGGCAGACACUUGAGGAUGACACGGUAGAAAGGGCUCCAAAGGUUCCUAAAAAUAUUGUGAAAAAAGAAUCUUUUGAAAUCUAUCCCUAUGCAUCAAGAACAAGAACCGAUUGGCAUGAAUCAAAUAAACAAAAAAUCAAUGCUUCACAUACUCCAAAAAAAUCCACCAAAAGAGAGCCUUCUAAAGUGACUUCUAAAACCGUUGAUGAUGACAAACCAAAGAAUACGAAAGUUCAUCCAAGGCCUUCGUCAGAGUCAUCCGAAGGAGUUGAUGAUAAGCCUAUUGAAGAGUUGAAGGACAUAGAUAUCUUGGAUGAGGCAGCAAAUGGUGGUCCAAGCAUUGGAAGCGAAGAUGAAUCUCUUGAUGCAGAAGGAGAUGGUUUGGAUGAGGAAAAGGAAGUUUUAAAUCGAAGGAUUGAAGAAAUGGAACGGCGAAUAGAGAAACUUGAAGAUGAGCUAAGAGAAAUUGCUGCUCUUGAGAUUUCACUUUAUUCUAUUGUACCAGAACAUGGGAGCUCAGCCCAUAAGGUGCAUACCCCAGCUCGACGCCUUUCAAGAAUAUAUAUUCAUGCUUGUAAGCAUUGGACUCGAAUCAAGCAAGCAAGUGUGGCUAGAAACACAGUCUCAGGGCUUGUACUAAUAGCCAAGUCUUGUGGUAAUGAUGUCCCGAGAUUAAGCUUCUGGUUAUCAAACACCAUAGUCCUUCGAGAGAUUAUCUCUCAAGCGUUUGGCAAUAGAAGUGCUGGCAAACCUUUGUCAUUGAAGUGGAUGGGGAGCUCUGGAAGUAAACAAGUGAAGAAGCUUGACUUCAUCCAACUUCUUGAUGACUGGCAGGAAACUAGCACGUUUACAGCUGCCCUAGAAAAGGUUGAAUGCUGGAUUUUCUCUCGGAUUGUUGAGUCAGUGUGGUGGCAGGCUUUAACUCCGCACAUGCAAUCUCCGGUUGAGGAUUUGCUUGCCAAGAAAAGCUUUAGAAGAGUCUUGGGACCUGCUUUGGGUGAUCAGCAUCAGGGAAGAUUUUCUAUUAACCUUUGGAGAAGUGCUUUCCAGGAUGCUUCACAAAAACUGUGUCCUGUCCGAUCAGGAAGGCAUGAGUGUGGUUGCUUGCCAGUGUUGGCAAGAAUGAUAAUGGAACAAUGUGUGGCCAGGCUGGAUGUUGCAAUGUUUAACGCUAUUCUGCGUGAGUCAGCCCAUGAAAUUCCGACUGAUCCUGUAUCAGAUCCCAUUGUUGAUCCCAAGGUGUUGCCUAUUCCAGCUGGUGACCUCAGCUUUGGAUCCGGUGCACAACUCAAAAAUUCUGUUGGCAAUUGGUCUAGAUGGUUGGAAGAUAUAUUUGGUAUGGACACUGCUGAGUCCCUGAAGGAAGAUCAGGUCAACGGUGAAGACGAAGACAAACAAGAUGGGGAUGCUGAACCCAAAUCCUUCCGCCUACUUAAUGAAUUGAGUGAUCUUCUGAUGCUCCCAAAAGACAUGCUUAUGGAGAGAUCCAUCAGGAAAGAGGUAUGCCCCUCUAUAGGUCUCCCCUUAAUCAAGCGGAUCCUAUGCAAUUUUACUCCAGACGAGUUCUGCCCGGAUCCUGUCCCAGGGGCUGUCCUGGAGUUCCUGAAUGCUGAGAGUGUGGUGGAAGGAAGAUUAUCAAAUGGGGAGUCAGUCAGCAGCUUCCCAUGUACUGCAGCCCCAGUUGUUUACUUCCCUCCUUCCCUAUUUGAUAUCAUGGAGAAAAUUGGAGAUGUUGGAGGAAAAUCGCAGUUGGAAAGGAAUGUCUCGAUGGUUCAAAGAAAAGGGUAUACCAGCGACGAAGAACUGGAUGAAUUGGACUCUCCUCUAACAUCCUACAUUGAUAAAAUGCCACCAUCUCCAACCAUAGGAAAUGGGAAUGGAAAUGGAAAUCACAAACAGGAUACCAGUUACCGUGGAGGGCAGGUGAGGUAUGAACUCCUUAGGGAGGUCUGGUCUGUUUGAGUGAUGGAAAUUAAGUUUAUACAUAUAUACCGCUUGUUUUUGUACAGGUAAAAAGGUGGAUAUAUUUAUUUUUGAGCGAGUAAUGAUAAAAAUUUGAUUUGGAAGUAAA